CGGAGGAACGUUGCCCCAAGUGCUCGCAUCCGCGCGCCUACUUCAAACAGCAGCAGACGCGAUCCGCCGACGAGCCUAUGACUACCUUGUACAAAUGCUGCAACCACGCGUGUGCUCAUACGUGGCGGGUCGAUUGAGCUCGCGAAUUCAUUCGCAGGUGCGGAGUUGUUGGAGCGUUCGAUACAUUAUGAGUCCCGGCUCGAUGGGCCCCAUGAAAAUCUUCAUGAAUAGAGCCAGAAGGGAAAUGAAGAUGCUCGGGUCAGACGAGAAACACUUGUUCUGCGGCGGCGACCGGAGCGUCGCAAUGGCGGCGGAAAUGUUGCGGCAGGGUAAGGUGAUCGCGAUACCAACGGACACGGUGUACGGUCUGGCUUGCCUGGCCACCAAUUCGCAGGCGGUCCAGCGGCUGUACAAGAUCAAGCGACGGAGCGAGCAAAAGCCGCUGGCGAUCUGCUUGAGCAACGUCAAGGAGAUUGGUGCGUGGGGAGUGAUGGACGACAUCCCAGUCAACAUGCUAGAGGCCUUACUUCCCGGACCCUACACGAUCUGCCUGCGACGCACGCCCGCCCUGAACCGGGACCUGAAUCCGGGCCUCGACACCGUCGGCAUCCGCGUGCCCAACGACAAGUUCGUGCUCAGCGUCGCACAGAUUGUCGGCCCGCUCGCGCUUACCAGCGCCAACGUCAGUAGCGAGCCGAGCAGCCUGCAUCCGGACGAGUUCCGCGCGCUGUGGCCGGAGCUCGGCGGCGUCUUCCACAAUUCCAGGAAUUGCAAGAAGCAAACCGAAGCACGCCGGAUUGGCUCCACCGUGGUGGACGUGUCGAGCCCGGGCUGUUUCACGGUCGUGCGUCGCGGCAUCAACGCGGAUCUUAUCGUCAAGACACUAGAGAAGUUUGGUCUGAGCAUGACCACGGCGGAGUAGCGAUGUGUAAUUAAACUCGUAUUAUUCAGUGAUGGAUACAUAUAUUUGUGAAUUGUAUUUAACUGAAUAAUGUUAAUUUUUGUACAGCUUCGAAGAUAUAAAUAUAACAGAUUUAAAGUACUUCAUAAUCAUUAUCAGACCAACGCAAAGUAAACCGGAAGAAAGGUACGUCGACGCGAGAAAGUCGUGCGCAUUAAAAAGUGUGUAAAUAUCUGUAAAAAUCUGACUAGAACUAAAACAUGACGGAUUUAGAUACCUGGAGAUAUCCUAGCGCCUUGAUGGAAAAUUCUGUGGCCUAUAAUAGGAUCGACAAUUAAUUAAUACAGAAGUCGCGAUAUUUAAUUCUCAUGAUAUUGAGAGGGAGAAACUACCAUCUGUGAUAUCGUUCGAAAGACUUGUUUUAAUAAAACGAAAUAUUCUUCGAAAUUUGUAUUAUAAUUUCCUAUUUAUAAAACAAUUUCGUCAGCUUCUUUCAUCAUUUUAUCAUGUCUAAAAUAUCGUGACGACUCGUUACAAUAUAUUGUGUAGACACUUUGUACAAUUAGAAUAUACAUAUACAAGUCUCUGAAAA